UGGAGAACUUCGAAAUACAACGUGGACAUAUACAGACUGCGAUGCUACCUGGCCUCCCUACAAGGCUCAGAACUGCCCAACCCCCAGACACUCCUGGCGUCCAUUGCCAGACCAACCAAACUGGCUCUGGGGAAACUGGGCGUGUUCUCCGUGGCCUCACUCCAUGCCAUCGUCAGUGCUCGCAGUAUUCCAUCGUCCACCUCAAACUAUGGCUCCUUCAAGUUCAGUAGAAGUGGCAAGGCACCCCUCUCCCCAACUAGUGGUAAAUGGAAAAGUCACAAGAACAAGAUGUUCCAGAGGAUGGCGACAGAUAAGAGGUCUUCACUGAGGAGUAUGGAGAUAUCAGGACCUUAUCCCAUGCUACCACCGUCAGCACUCCACUCUCUCGCUCAGUCCUACUCUGAAAUGGAGGAGACAACGGAUACAGAUGCCCCGCCUUCUUUUUCUCAUGAACCAAUCUCCCCACUGUCCCCGGUGAUAAAGAUCUUCACCCCCGGCAACAGGGUCGUCUCGGUCCCUCACCGUGACAACACCACAAUCACUGACAUCCUCCAUGCCGGCUGCAGGGUAAGACAGUUGGAGUCUAGGGACCACUUCAUUCGACUGAGAAACGAGAGAGAAGAUGGAGGAUUUGAGUGUGAAAUUCCUGGACCAAAUGAGUUGUUACGAGAUCAGGAGUACACUCAUCUGGAGAUGUGUCAGAAGUGGACUCACACGGUCUUUCUCUCUCAGCCUGACAUUCAAAACUGCACCACCACUGCCUUUGGUCUGAUGCUGGAACCGGUAUGGGACGUGGGUGGGAACAGACUGGAGACGGUACUGGUGAGCCGAGUGGAGGAAGGGGGUGUGGCAGAUCGGUGUGGGGUGUGGGAGGGUGACGAGAUGGCGAGGAUGAACGGGAGGAGUGUGAGGGAGGCCGGAUGGGUUGGCACCCGGAGCUCACUGGACGCUCCCACAGUUUCCCUAUCACUCAAGACCUGCCACAUCGAGAUGCCCGUCUCGGAACUGACCAAUCAGAUUGUGGAGAGCCUCAUAUGCCCUGCCCCUCCCUCGUCCAACACUGAGCUCUCACAGGAGGCCAUUCAACAGCUCACUGUACCAACUCCAGCCAGAGAUGACACGGAGAACUCCAAUAAAAGCUACAGCGGAAGUGUCUCACGAGAGCAGAUCAACUCCCUUCUCAAGGACUCAAGUGAGCUGUCAAAGCUGCUGAAGAGUUGGGACGUCCAGAGAGUGAGAGAAGAGAGAGCGACGACCUGGACCACGGAGGACAGACUGAGAAAGAGUGCCCAAGACCUUCUGGACACUGAGAGAGACUACGUCAGGUUGCUGCACGUGUUAGUGGAGACAGUACCUGGAGCCCCUGCAAUCAGAGCCAAUCCUCUCCCCAGACGACCUGGCAGCUCUGGAGGGAAACACUGUGGAAGUGUUGGAGUUCCAGACCAAGUUUCUCCAGGGACUAGAGGU